CAGGGAACGCUGCUGUGGCCUGCAGCGUAACGUCAACAUAGACGAGCGUUUCAUCCACAUUUAGACCGGAUUUAAAACCCACACAGGUUUUCUGCUGCAAGAGUUCGGAUGUCCAAGUACAAACUUCUUCUGCUGAGGCAUGGAGAGGGGGCCUGGAACAAAGAGAACCGUUUCUGCAGCUGGGUUGACCAGAAGCUGAGCGAGGAUGGGGUGAAGGAGGCCCAGGACUGUGGCAAGCUCCUUAACGAGCAGGGCUACAAGUUUGACUUAGUCUUCACCUCCAUUCUCAGCCGAUCUAUCCAGACAGCAUGGCUGGUACUCGAGGCUAUGGGCCAAGAGUGGGUCCCAGUCGUCAAGUCUUGGAGGCUUAAUGAACGCCACUAUGGAGCCCUGAUUGGACUCAACCGGGCUGAGAUGGCUCUGCAACAUGGAGAGGAACGGGUGAAGUUAUGGAGAAGAAGCUACGACAUCACUCCACCCCCAAUUGAUGAAUCCCAUCCUUAUUUUCUGGAAAUCUACAAUGACCGCAGAUACACCACUUGUGAUGUGCAACUGGAGAACCUUCCCCGAGCUGAGAGCCUAAAGGAGGUGUUGGGCAGACUGCUGCCAUACUGGGACAGCACUGUGGUCCCAGAGAUAAGAAAAGGCAAGACUGUACUGAUUUCAGCCCAUGGAAACAGCUGCAGGGCCCUGCUGAAGCAUCUGGAAGGUGUAUCAGAUGAGGAUAUUGCCAACGUGACAUUACCUACGGGGAUACCUGUGCUGCUUGAACUGGAUGAAAACCUCAGGCCUGUGAAACCACGACAGCUGUUGGGAGACCAGGCAAAGAUUCAGGCAGCCAUUAAAAAGGUGGAGGACCAGGGAAAAGCCAAACCAACAACUUGAAUACAUCAGAAUGUCUGAAAGACUACACCCAGCCCUGCUCUCAUUGCCUAUAUUCUUAUUUAUUACACACAGUAGCAGGCAAACUCUUUAACAGACUUGAGUUACUGAUUACAUAAAAGUGGGCAAUAAUUUGUUGAUUAGAUUUUGAGGAUAAGUCUAAAUUUUACAGCUGAGUGACUGUAUGUGUGCUAGUCAGCCUGGUCAGGAUGCAGCUUGUAAGUGUUGCACAUCGGACUGAUCACGCUUGCCCGGAAAAAACAUUGUACUGUAAAUGUUUCAGCAUAGUGCUGAAUUGUGUUGUAUGUGUUAGGAACCCUUCCGUCUUCAUCUUGUUUGUAAGUGAAUUGCACCCACUUCUCCUUUUGUGGUGACUAAAGUGGUUAUUUAUUUAUUUACUUAGAACCUCUACUUUGCUCACUUAUGGUAAAGUAAUUAAGCUAAAAAGUCUCCAUAUUUUGUCAUAAAGUAUGUUUAUCUGUUACAUUGUCCAGCUUUAGGAUUAUUUCUUGGAUUUUAAACGUGCCUUCACUAUUAAUUCAUCUGUUUUUAAACAAGCUUUUUAUAGAGAAGGGGUGCUCAAAGUCGGACCUCUAUGGCUACAGUCCUGCAGAUUUUGUAUGUUUCCCUCUACAGCACACCUGAUCAGAUUAAAUGGGUCAACAUGCUUGAGCAACACUUGACAACAAGCUGUUAAGGAGAGCCAUUUAAUUUGAAUCCGGUGUGUUGGAGCAGGGAAACAUCUAAAAUCUGCAGGAUUGCGGCUUUUGAGGACUGGAGCUGGACACAAAUAGCUCUUUUAUUUAUUAUAAUUUCUUCUUGGGAAAAAUAAAGUAUUUUUCAUUUCAUUUAAGAAUGAAAGCACUCUAAUAACAAGUCUUACCUCAUAAAAAUUGCGAACCAGGCCCUUCAUUCCUGAAAUAUGGGUAGCUGUAAGCCACAGAAGUGCUAUAAAUAUGCUAAACCACUGAGAUCCCGUUUAUAUAUUUAUGGAUUUCUCAUACUUUAAAUGGGUCUGCUCAGUGUGAUAACUAGAGUAGCCUUUGUUUACAUGGUGCAUCAACUCUGACAUCGAAUGGGUUGUGAUUAAAAAGGCUUUGGCUUACAGCAUACUGGUAUGAUAGCUGGUUCAUGCUUUGCACUUUUGGAGAGGAUUUCAUGAGGUUUUUGAAAAUGUGUCCCUUUGUUACAGAAAAAGCAACUGUGAUUUGAAAAUAUAAUUUCAUACAGCAUGAAGGUGUCAUAUAGACUAGUUUUAUUUUCUAAAUUAUUAUAAUACAUGGGUAAUUUGAUUUUCUUUAUAUUAAGAUAAUAACAUACGAGGUGACAAUGUAACAAAUAGCACUGUAUGUCUUGUAGCUGUAUUUUGGUUCCGGUUAAGUUGGUAAAUGUGCAUUUUUUGUACCCCAUGUUUUCUCUGCAUGUAUGUCACGCUGCUCUCUCUGCACGUACAUCACUGUUAUUUUGUACACUGGCUUAUUAGGUCAUCAGAGGAAAUGGCCAAAUGAGGAAAACACAGAUAUGUUUGCAGUUUCAUGUAAUAUCUUGUCUUCUGUUGUCACCAGUUGAAGCUUUGCUGGAUGAAAUAAAAGGAAGCUCAAACGUU